AGACGACAAAAGGUACAGUGACUAUGUACAGUCUGAAAGUGAAGCACAACAUGCAGUUAAAGAAACUGCACAAGAAAACAUUGUGAAGUCACAAGACAAGCAAAAGGUUGCAUACGCCAAGCGGGUCCUGAAAAAGUACAAAAAUGUUGUGUACAAUGUAGGGGAUCAAAUUCUGCUUCUAAAUAUGAGGAAACGUGGGCGAAAAGGAGGAAGACUUGAACCGGAUUUUUCAGGUCCCUACACAAUUGAUGACAUCAGUGGAAAAUGUGUUAGACUGAAAAACGCUGAGGGAAAUACUUUAAAAAGUCUAUACAGUAUUGACCACAUUAAACCUUAUAGAACAAGCCACCCUGUCCAAGUCUCAACUCCAACUGAACCUGUUGAGAGUAGCCCAUCUUCUGAGAUGCAGCCUUGCAGUCCUCAGCAUCAUCCUGAAGCGCUGCAAAAUAACAGACCCUCUGUCAUACAGUUUGCACCAAAAAUAGCUCAGGUAACAUCAGUCCAAGCACCAGAAGAGCUUGUACCAGUGACCCCCCAGAAACCCAGCACGCAAGAAAAAGUGAAGUGGCUUUGGGCUGCAAAAGACACCGGGCGUGUGGAGGCAGUCGUUGGGCCAUACAAAUUGUAUGACUCUUCUUUUCGCACACUGGAGGACAGUGGGUGGCUUUCUGAUGAGGUCAUUGAUGCAUACCUGCACUGCCUCAUUAGGAAACAAAAGGAACCCGUGUAUCAGUUGUCUUGCGUUGUUGCAACCUCUCUGUUUUCUGGGAAGUUUAAAUGUGUCACCAAGAUGUUGUUUCCGGCUGAGGACAUUUGGUUGUGCCCACUGAACUUCGGUGCACAUUGGAUCCUUGUGGUUGUCAAAAUCUCCUCACGAUCUGUACUGCUGUUAGACCCUCUUGGAAAUGAAGGUCGUUAUGAAAGGAAAAUUAUGCGUAACUGGAGGAAUUUUCUGAAGAUGAAAGGAAAGGAAGAGUCCCGAGUGGAUUGGAAAAUGGAGACUCUGCCACACAGCAAGCAGAUGGACUCCAGCAGUUGUGGAGUUUUAGUGUUGAAGUUUGCCGAACACUACCUUAUGAGUGGAGAGGUUACUAGGGUGCUGUCCACUCCAGAAGCCAUUGGGCUGCAACGCACAGAAAUUGCUUGCGAACUGCUAGAACAUCAAAGUAAUGCUGAUGACUACUGUGUGGUUUGUUCCAUGCUGGAAGCCGAUCCUGAGUCCAGUAUGAUUGAAAUGGUGCAGUGUGAGUUUUGUCUCAGAUGGGCACAUUUUGGAUGUGCUCAAUAUGAGAGCAGCCUGGUCAAGUACUUGUGCGACAAAUGUGCAUAAUUGUUAUGAAUACUGUUUCUUUUCCACUUCUUUCUCCCUGUGUUCUGUUGGAUCUGUAAAUAUCAAAUAUAUAUAUCUGUAAAUAUAUGCUGUCAGUCACAGUAAAGUACAAAGAGCAGCCUGGUCAAGUACUUGUGUAA